GUAAUAUAAUGUGUGUUUAGCGGUUAUUGACAUGAAAUGUGAAAAAUAAUUACUGAAAUUUUAAUAUUUCUUCGUCAUUGUAGCCAUUAACGAGCACACGCAUUAGAGGUGCAGCUGGAUUCACGAACGGGGUCCUGAAAAGCCACGCCUACGAAACAUCUGUCUCAGAAACCCUGCUAUCAUAGAUAUGUCUGCUGAUCGGGACACCAGUGAAUCUUGAACACCGGCAGAAAACUUCGGUUAAAAGAGACGGAACUUCAGCCCAGAGGACCAAAUGAACAAGUUAACUAAGUCACUUCCUGACUUCUUCAGGCCUGAACAGCUUUUAAACUUUGGGGUGUUUUCGAAGCUUCGAGCAUAAAUGAGAUAAAUAAAGGAGGUAGAAACAAUGACGACGAAGAAGCUGCUUGUUGGAACACUGAACCAGUUGAGUCCCGAAGAUUUUGACAAAUUCAAGUUGCUCGUUGGAGAGGAGGAAGGUGUGCCGGUCAUCUGGAGGAGCCGACUGAAAGCAGCAAACGCUCAGGAUGUCGUGGAGCUGAUGGUGGAGACGUACAGCCGAGAGUGUGUGGAGGCGACCACAAAGGUUUUGAUGAAGAUGAGCAGGACUGAUCUGGUGCAGAGAUUGUCAGGAAUCGACUCAGGAACCAAAGAGGAAGUGUGUCCUCCACUGGUCCAGAGAGUGGAAACGAUGGCGUCUGUUAUUGAGCUGCUUUUGGAAACACUGGAGGAUAUGAGUGAUGAGGAGCUGAUGGAGUUCAGGAGGCUCCUCUGGUUUCACAAACCUCACUUAUACGUGCAGUGGAUGAGGAUGGGGACAACAGACCACCAGGACACAGUGUUUGUAACAGUACAGAUUUAUGGCCAAGAGUCAGUGGUGAAGACCAAGGAGGCUUUAGAGAAGAUGAAGAGGAUGGAUCUGGUGGAGAAACUGUCAGACAACAGCUCAGGAUUCAAAAAGAAACUCUCUGUGGAUGAACGGCGCUCUGCACUGAUCCAGAAAGUGGCAGCAGUGGCAGCUGUUAAACAUCUGCUUUUGGAAACUCUGAAUGAUUUAAGCUUCCAGGAGCUCAAGAAAUUCAGAAUGUUCUUGCAGUCAAUUUCCUCCCAGAAGAAUCUCCAAAAACUCUUCAUCAGUUCUUCAUCAGACAGAACAGAAAUAGUGGAUCUGAUGAUGAAGGCAUUUGGUCAACAGUCUGUGGAGGUGACCAGGGAGGUUUUCAUGGACAUGAACAGGACUGAUCUGAUUCAGAAGCUUCCAGAGAUCAUCUCAGGACAAAAAGAGAAACACUCUGUGGAUGAACCAGCUGCUGCAUCAAGAGAAGCAGCAGUGGCAUCUGUCAGACAGAUUCUUUGGAAGACACUGAAACAUUUCAGUACCACAGAGUUCAAUAAAUUCAGGAUUCUGCUGCAGUUCACCUCCUUCCAGAAAAACCUCCCAGGAAUCCCACAUGGCCAACUGUUUGAGGCAAAAACAGCUUACAGACUCAUAGAUCUGAUGGAGGACAUGUGGGGUGAACAGUCUGUGGAGGUGACCAGGGAGGUUUUAAAGGACAUGAACAGGACUGAUCUGAUGCAGAAGCUGUCAGAGAUCAGCUCUGAGCUUGAAGAGGAAGUGUGUCCUCCACUGGUCCAGAGAGUGGAGACGAUGGCGUCUGUUAUUGAGCUGCUUUUGGAAACACUGGAGGAUCUGAGUGAUGAGGAGCUGAUGGAGUUCAGGAGGCUCCUCUGGAAUCACAAACCUCACUUAUACGUGCAGUGGAUGAGGAUGGGGACAACAGACCACCAGGACACAGUGUUUAUAACAGUACAGAUUUAUGGCCAAGAGUCAGUGGUGAAGACCAAGGAGGCUUUAGAGAAGAUGAAGAGGAUGGAUCUGGUGCAGAAGCUGUCAGACAGAAGCUCAGGAUUCAAAAAGAAACUCUCUGUGGAUGAACGGCGCUCUGCACUGAUCCAGAAAGUGGCAGCAGUGGCAGCUGUUAAACAUCUGCUUUUGGAAACUCUGAAUGAUUUAAGCUUCCAGGAGCUCAAGAAAUUCAGAAUGUUCUUGCAGUCAAUUUCCUCCCAGAAGAAUCUCCAAAAACUCUUCAUCAGUUCUUCAUCAGACAGAACAGAAAUAGUGGAUCUGAUGAUGAAGGCAUUUGGUCAACAGUCUGUGGAGGUGACCAGGGAAGUUUUCAGGCUUAUGAACAGGACUGAUCUGAUUCAGAAGCUUCCAGAGAUCAUCUCAGGACAAAAAGAGAAACACUCUGUGGAUGAACCAGCUGCUGCAUCAAGAGAAGCAGCAGUGGCAUCUGUGGGACAGAUUCUUUGGAAGACACUGAAACAUUUCAGUACCAAUGUGUUCAAUAAAUUCAGGAUUCUGCUGCAGUUCACCUCCUUCCAGAAAAACCUCCCAGAAAUCCCACAGCAUCGACUGCUUUAUACAGACACAACUGACAAACUCAUAGAUCUGAUGGAGGACAUGUGGGGUGAACAGUCUGUGGAGGUGACCAGGGAGGUUUUAAAGGACAUGAACAGGACUGAUCUGGUGCAGAAGCUGUCAGAGAUCAGCUCUGAGCCUGAAGAGGAAGUGUGUCCUCCACUGGUCCAGAGAGAAGUACCCAUGACAUCAAUUCCAGAGGAACUUCAGGAAACACUGAAAGAUUUAAAUGAUGCAGAGCUUAACCAUUUCAAGUGGAUCCUACAGAAGACUGUAAGACAGAGAGGCCUUCCAAGAAUAUUAAGUUCCAGAAUGGAGAGUGCAGACAGAGCUGAUGUUGUGGAUCUGAUGGUAGCGAUGUACAGUGAGCAGUCUGUGGACAUGACCAGAGAGGUUUUCAGGAAGAUGAACAGGACUGAUCUGGUGCAGAAGCUGCCAGAGAUCAGCUCAGCAUCCAAAGGAGCUUCCAGAAGCUUGGAGCCGAAGGGUUGUGGAAGUGUUGUGCAGCAGGACUCCAGUGUUUGGACUAAACUGGAGCCUGAGGUGAACAAUGCAGAUACAGACGAGGCUCCAACUUACAGCCUGCAGUCUGAAGCAGGACGCUUUGAAUGCAGUGUCUCUGGCUUGCGCUGGGUCUGUGAGGAAAACGCCAGCUUUAAGUACCAGUUCUGCUCUUGGGGAGGACACAUGGAGAGGAUGAAAAGCAGACAGUACAUGCCUGCAGGUGCCCUAAUAGACAUCUCAGUCAUUGCUGGGAAGUUAAAUGAAGUGUACCUGCCACACUGGAUCUGCAUCGAGGACAACCCUAAAAUACUGGACAAGUUUGCCGUCCUCCACAUAAAUGAGUGUGGAGAUGUUGUGGAAAAAGUGUCUGAGGUCACAGCAUCACAUGUGAAGUUAACUGAGCCAAGUUUCUCUCUGUUGGGGACCCUGAUAGAAAUUUUCUUUCCUACGAAAAUUGAAUGUAAGGUGUUAAUGUACUAUGAACCCAACACACGUUUCCUGAAGCUCCACGUCUAUGUGAUCCCACUGGAUCCUGCUCUACAACAGAAGGUGGACAAAGAAGAAUCCUCCAGUGGAUAUGAGAAAAUAGUCAAAAAGCCACGCCCGAACAAGUACCUGCAAAUGCAGCAAGAUUUCACCCUCACAGCUGACAUAGACACAGCAGAAAUAGAUCCAGAGGAAAUAACCCUCAGGUAUGACAACCAAGACCCAAACUUCUAUGAAGUGUACAUUGAGAAUCCAGACAGAAAGUUUAACAUGACACUACACCCUUCCUCAAAGAAGACUGAAGCAGUUUGGACCUGCAAAAUUCGAAAAGAUGACCAUCCAAGCUCUGUCCUGUAGAAGGUAAGUCUGAAGAGGAUUUAGAAGAACUUUGGAUUUCAGUCUUAGUAAAACUCCAUAUGUUGCAGAUCUUUGAAGUAGAAUAGAGUUAGCUGUGGUUUUGUUAUUAUUGUGUCUGUGUUUGUGAGUUACCGUCAGCUACCAGCUACUGUCACAUGCAUCCCUAUAACUGUAUUGUUGCUCCUUUGUUUUAACUUAUUUCAAAUCACACAUGAAAUGAAAACUCUUCAGAAGUCGUCUUUGUGUUCAUGUUCAUGUACAACAUCCAGAACAGUGCAUGUUACUCAGUUUCAUGAGUUCACGUGUCUUUUAAUGUUUUGCAGCUGCAGAGUCAUCAACUGGAUCAUGUUCUGACGCUGCAGUAGGAGCUGCAGGAUCUUUGAGUGGAGCAACCGGGGUCAGCGCUGUGGCUGAUGAGAAACUCUCUGUGGAUGAACAGCUGUCUGCACAUCUGCACAAAGCAGCAACGAUCACAUCAGACAGAGAGAGGAUUCAGAAAAUGCUGCAAGAUCUGAAUGAGUCAGAGUUUAAAGAAUUCAAGUGGACCCUGAAGGACAGAAACUUCAUGUUGGACCUCCCAUACAUCCAAAACUGUAAACUGGACAAGGCAGACAUGUUGGACCUGGUGGAUCUGAUGAUUCACACCUACACCCUUGUGGAGACUGUGGAGUUGACCAAGAAGGCCUUUAAGAAAAUAAACAGGAAUGAUCUGGUGCAGAUGCUGUCAGACAGCAGCUCAUGAUCCAAAGACAGGCAGUGAUGGAAACAAACAGAAACUUGUUAAUCUAGUUUAUUAUUUCAGAAAGUUUUGGACUGAGUUCAGACUGGUUUUAUGCUGGUUUUGAAAUUGAUUUUAAACUGGUUUGGACUGGA